GGGGCCCCGGGGAGUGAGUCACACACACACUCUGCUCGCCCAGUCCCGGGGCCCAGCACGGUCCCAAGGCCGAGCACAGCCCGCCGAAGAAGAGUGUCCGGGGGUCUGGCAUGAGGACCGUGGGGAGGGGCUGCAGCCGGGUUCUGUGGUGAGGGCGGACAGAAUGACUGAGAACAUGAAGGAGUGCUUGGCCCACACCAAGGCUGCUGUAGGGGACAUGGUGACAGUAGUGAAGACAGAGGUCUGCUCACCACUCCAGGACCAGGAGUAUGGCCAGCCCUGCUCUAGGAGACCGGAGCCCUCUUCUGUGGAAGUUGAACCCAAGAAGCUGAAGGGGAAGCGUGAACUCUUCGUGACCAAAGGCUUCCAGCAAGUGGACUUCUGGUUCUGUGAGUCCUGCCAAGAGUACUUCGUGGAUGAGUGCCCGAACCACGGUCCCCCCGUGUUUGUGUCUGACACGCCAGUGCCUGUGGGCAUCCCAGAUCGGGCAGCCCUCACCAUCCCACAGGGCAUGGAGGUGGUAAAGGAAGCUGGUGGGGAGAGCGAUGUGCGGUGUAUAAACGAGGUCGUCCCCAAGGGCCACAUCUUUGGCCCCUAUGAGGGGCAGAUCUCUACCCAGGACAAGUCAGCUGGCUUCUUCUCAUGGCUGAUUGUGGACAAGAACAACCGCUACAAGUCCAUAGAUGGAUCGGACGAGACCAAGGCCAACUGGAUGAGGUACGUGGUCAUUUCCCGGGAGGAGAGGGAGCAGAACCUCCUGGCGUUCCAGCACAGCGAGCGCAUCUACUUCCGGGCAUGCCGAGACAUUCGGCCUGGAGAGCGGCUGCGGGUCUGGUACAGCGAGGACUACAUGAAGCGCCUGCACAGCAUGUCCCAGGAAACCAUCCACCGCAAUCUGACCCGGGGAGAGAAGAGGUUGCAGAGGGAGAAGAUUGAGCAAGCCCUGGAUAAUCCAGAAGACCUAAGGGGUUCCACUCAGUUCCCUGUGUUGAAACAGGGCAGAAGUCCCUACAAGCGCAGCUUUGAUGAGGGGGACAUACACCCUCAGACCAAGAAGAAGAAAAUAGAUCUCAUCUUCAAGGAUGUACUAGAAGCCUCACUGGAAUCCGCUAAUGUGGAAGCCCGCCAGCUGGCUCUGAGCACCUCUCUGGUCAUUCGGAAAGUCCCCAAGUACCAGGAUGAUGAAUAUGGUCCGAGUGCAGCUGCCAUGACCCAAGGCAUACAGAAUAUCCGCCGGACCCAGGGGGAAGGGGACUGGAAGGUCCCCCAAAGGGUGGAGGAUGAAGAGGAGGAGCCUUCGUCAUUCAGGGCUGACAGUCCUGCCGAGGCCUCUCUGGCAUCUGACCCGCACGAACUGCCCACCACCUCCUUCUGCCCUAAUUGCAUUCGCCUGAAGAAGAAAGUGCGGGAAUUGCAGGCAGAACUCGACACGCUUAAGUCUGGAAAGCCGCCUGAGCCCUCCGUUCUGCCUCCGCAGGUACUGGAGCUCCCUGAGUUCUCAGAUCCUGCAGCCUCAGAGAGCAUGGUCUCUGGCCCUGCCAUCAUGGAGGAUGACGACCAGGAAGUGGAUUCUGCAGAUGAGUCCGUCUCCAACGACGUGAUGACAGCCACCGAUGAACCCUCCAAGAUGUCCUCCGCCGCUGGCCGCCGCAUCCGGCGCUUCAAGCAGGAAUGGCUGAAGAAAUUCUGGUUCCUCCGCUACUCCCCGACCCUCAACGAGAUGUGGUGCCACGUGUGCCGCCAGUACACGGUGCAGUCCUCACGCACCUCCGCCUUCAUCAUCGGCUCCAAGCAGUUUAAGAUCCACACCAUCAAGCUGCACAGCCAGAGCAACCUGCAUAAGAAGUGUCUGCAGCUGUACAAACUGCGCAUGCACCCGGAGAAGACCGAGGAGAUGUGCCGCAACAUGACGCUGCUCUUCAACACCGCCUACCACCUGGCCCUGGAGGGCAGGCCCUACCUGGACUUCCGGCCGCUGGCGGAGCUGCUGCGCAAGUGUGAGCUCAAGGUGGUCGACCAGUACAUGAACGAGGGUGACUGUCAGAUCCUCAUCCAUCACAUCGCCCGGGCGCUGAGGGAGGACCUGGUAGAGCGCCUCCGUCAGUCGCCCUGCCUCAGUAUCAUCCUGGACGGGCAGAGUGACGACCUUCUGGCUGACACGGUGGCCGUCUACGUGCAGUAUACCAGCAGUGAUGGGCCCCCGGCCACAGAAUUCCUCUCCCUGCAGGAGCUAGGCUUCUCCAGCACAGAAAGCUAUCUCCAGGCACUGGACCGGGCCUUUGCUGCCCUUGGCAUCCGCUUACAGGACGAGAAGCCGACUGUCGGCCUGGGAGUGGAUGGGGCCAACAUCACCGCCAGCUUGCGCGCCAGCAUGUUCAUGACCAUCCGCAAGACGCUGCCCUGGCUUCUGUGCUUGCCCUUUAUGGUGCACCGGCCCCACCUGGAGAUCCUAGAUGCCAUCAGUGGGAAGGAGUUGCCCUGUCUGGAGGAGUUGGAGAACAACCUGAAGCAGCUGCUCAGCUUCUACCGCUACUCACCGCGACUCAUGUGUGAGCUGCGCUCCACAGCCUCCACCCUGUGCGAGGAGACCGAGUUCCUGGGGGACAUCCGAGCCGUGAGGUGGAUCAUCGGUGAGCAGAACGUCCUGAACGCCCUCAUCAAGGACUACCUGGAAGUGGUGGCCCACCUCAAGGACGUCAGCAGCCAGACGCAGCGGGCAGACGCCUCCGCCAUCGCCCUGGCCCUGCUGCAGUUCCUCAUGGACUACCAGUCGGUCAAGCUCAUCUACUUCCUGCUGGACGUGAUCGCCGUGCUCUCACGCCUGGCCUACAUCUUCCAGGGAGAGUACCUCCUGGUGUCGCAAGUGGACGACAAGAUCGAAGAGGCCAUCCAGGAGAUCAGCCGGCUGGCAGACUCCCCGGGGGAGUACCUGCAGGAAUUUGAGGAGAAUUUCCGAGAGAGCUUCAAUGGGAUCGCCGUGAAGAACCUCAGGGUGGCCGAGGCUAAGUUCCAGGCUAUCAGGGAGAAGAUCUGCCAGAAGACACAGGUCAUUCUGGCACAAAGGUUCGAUUCCCGGAGCCGGGUCUUUGUGAAGGCCUGCCAAGUGUUCGACCUAGCCGCCUGGCCCAGGAACAGCGAGGAGCUCCUGAGCUUCGGCAAGGAGGACAUGGUUCAGAUCUUUGACCACCUGGAAGCCAUUCCCACCUUCUCCCGGGAUGUGUGCCGCGAAGGGGUGGACCCCCGGGGAAGCCUACUGAUGGAGUGGAGAGACCUCAAGGCUGAUUACUACACCAAAAACGGCUUCAAAGACCUCAUCAGUCACAUCUGCAAGUACAAGCAAAGGUUUCCGCUCUUGAACAAGGUCAUUCAGGUACUUAAAGUCCUCCCCACCUCCACGGCCUGCUGUGAGAAAGGCCGGAGUGCCCUGCAGCGGGUCCGCAAAAACCACCGCUCCCGCCUGACCCUGGAGCAGCUCAGUGACCUGUUGACAAUUGCUGUGAAUGGACCACCCAUCGCCAACUUCGAUGCCAAGCGAGCCCUGGACAGCUGGUUUGAGGAGAAGUCUGGCAAUAGCUACACACUGUCAGCGGAGGUCCUCAGUAGGAUGUCUGCCCUGGAGCAGAAGCCCAUGCUGCAGGCUGUGGACCAUGGCUCUGAGUUCUACCCAGACAUGUAGGGGCCUGCACAGCAGAGGUCACAAAGCCGGUGAAUAUUUUUUUAAUCUAUACUCAUAAGCUUUGAUAUAUUAUAUAAAUAUAUAUUAUAUUAUAUUAUAUAUAUAUAUAAAUCCACACUGAAAAUUUUUUAAAAACUAAGGUGAUGUGUCCACCGGAAGCUACUGACAGCUUUCAGAAAGGAGCAGCGUCGGCAACUGACUCUUGUCUCCACACUUGGCAGCUGCAGCCCACGCGGCACCUCUUCACUCACAGCGUGUUCCGGGCCACGCGUGUUCCCACUAAACAGUCAAAGCAGCAUAAGCUAAAUGGCGAUUCCCUUCGUCAUUCUUAGGUGGCUUGUUCUGUUUCUGCUCUCAUGGAUUGGUCACGGGGCUGGGGGUUGGGGUGACACUCUCACCUUCUCCUCUGUGGUAUGGUUUUAUGACUGGGGGGCGGGCAAGGUGUGGUCUCCUCGUUGGCAUUCUGUUCCGGUCACAUGGUGUCAGGGUUUCCAUGGGGUGGAUUGGAUUUCUGGUUGUCUUUCUCCCAUCACCUGACUUCAGCUUGGGAGAGCUUUCUUUGUUCAUUUUUUUGAGUGAGUCCUUCACUUGUCCCCUCGACUGUGAGCCCACCACACUCCCCACGCCACCCUCCCAUCCCGAGGCUGUCAGCUCCCUCCUCAGACCUCUGGAGUUAGAUAUUAGGUGUCAUACUGAAGGCAACUUUCUUUCACAUUUGAGCUUGAAAUCUAGGGACCAUGGGGAGGGUGAGCUUUGUUCCCCAGCAGAGGAUAAAACAUUAUUCUUCCAUUCAGAGCUAGGGCUGUUGGGGAGACAGUGAGCCAAGAAAUCUAAACCCCAACAGGACCGCAAUUUGGGCUAAAAACAAGUAAAAUGCAAAGUGUGUAGAUUCAACUUCCACAAAUUGCUUGUAUGUUCUUUCUAACUAUGAAAUGUGUGGGAUUCGGAUUUCUCUUAGUGAUCAAGGAGCAGCUGUCUUAUAGUUCAGGGUCAGAAUCCGCCAAUGCAAGUCAUGUCCUGGGCUAUGCAGAACUCAGGGGAGAGUCCGCAGAGAGGUUGUUCCUUUUGCAGCAGGCUGAUGCUGUGCUCUGCAGCCUGGCAGGAUGGUCACAGGAUGCCGGGCAGAGUUCCUCUGCCUGUGAGCUCCUCCUAUUUUGAAUAGGGUUGAAAUGUCCUAAAGAAAAGGAGAAAACAGGAAGUGAGGUGGGAUUCUCAAGAUUGGAAACAUGUAUGCACAUCUACACACACGCACACACCACGUGUGUGCACACGCACACACAGACACACACUCUACAGCCACAGUAUAAGCUUUAGAAAUGGCCGCUUGCCUCCCCCCACCCCGGGGGCAGACAGUGGUUUAAACCAGAGGAGUCUGACCAAUGUUCAUUUAUCUACCAGUAUACCUCACAAAGAGUUUUCAGCAGUGUUCAUGAGCUGUUAAAAACCUCCCUCUUGUUUCUGCGUCUGAUCUGUGCAGUUUUUGCCGUCCCAGAAUGUGGAUACGGGUUGUGUGUGGGGAAGGGCGGAGGAUCUGUAGUACCUGCCAUGGUCAGUUCUGCAGAGAGCUGUCCCUCUCCUUCAGUGGGGUAUUAGAGAUCCAACCACAGGCAAGGCCCUCAUGCCCUCAGCCUGCCUAGCUGGGCCCACAGCUGUGUGGUGGCUUCCUUCCUUCUGGGUUCGGCUCGUCUCUGAGGCCUCAUGGAAAUGUCAUUAACACUGAACAUAUUGCUACCCUUUCCUGGUUCUUCAGUCUGUCCGUCCUCCCUCAGAUCCUCCCUUUGCCUCCAUGGUCUUGGUGCUAAGAUAACUUUAGAAUCAUUGCUGCUAGCCAAUAGCUUUUCAUGAUAUAAAUAUAUAUAUAUAUUAUAUAUUAUUUUUGAAAUGUUUUUGUUUUCAAGAGUGAUGUAGCAUGUUAAAACAAGAAACAAAACUAAACCAUCAAAAAGCUGGCUCUUUCCACCUGUCCCACUGGCAGGUCUCUUCUGCUGCCUUCUUCAACAAGUUGAUAUACCCUGCCUGGUGACUCUCAGCCCUCCCUUCACCCUGGUCCCCAUCUAACUCCCUGCCCUCUGAGCAGGGAGAGUUAGCAGGAACUGGGGAAGGAAACCCAAAGUCCCUUUCAGAGGUUUGGAAUCCAGGUCUUGUUCAGUUGCCGGCUCUGAGCUGGUGUCUCCCUCCAGCUGCCCCUCCCACCCCAGGCCAAAGCCUAGCUGGAGCCACAUGGGCUGCUGUUCUGAAGCACAAGGUCUCCCACUUGCCCAGCUCCUGCCCUGAAACUUCAUCUCCUUACAGACACAGACGUUGGUCUGGGGAGUUUUCAUUGAGAACUGAAUGGACCAAGGUGUGUUCAGAGUAGGGAUGGCUGGCAAGGCAGGUCCCUCACGGGCAGCCUGUAGGCAUAAACGAUGGCCUGGGCCUUUUCUUCUUGCCAGCAGUUGCCUUACACCUCUCCUCCCCAGUGCGGAGGGCUUCCUCGCCCAGGAAGGGUCCUCUCUGGGAUGGCCCUAGGCCAGACAUCGAACCAGGACUGUUCCUUCCCAAGAGGUUGUGGCUACGCAAGCUCAAGUCCUUAGCUAGAGACACAGGUUCUGACAUUCCAAGCCAAUGUUACCUGAGUUUCCUUAAGACACCGGGAGCAGGGGACCUGCCUUGAGGCCUAGAGUGAACUAUUCUGGCAGCGUGUGGGUGACAGCAGUCACCCAUUCCCUGGUCCUCUGUCUCCCCGACCCCACCCCUGGUCUCUGCUGCAACGGCCUCUGCCUCAGAGCCACUGAGAAGCUGAGCUCUCAGGCUGUCUUGCCUUUGGCUAGGUGCCUCUGCAGCUCUGGGUGCUGGUGAGGCUGGCUCAGCCUGGCAGGGCUGUGACCGAUGUUCUCUAGGCCACUCUGCCUCAGGAUGUGGGUGACUGAGGAAUGGUGUGGAUGAGCCCCACACAGUCUUUUUAGCUUGAAUGCUCCCUGGGAGGGUCAGGGCUUCUGCCCAGUGAAUUCCUAUUUGGGAUGCCCUGUGAUUUCGGGUCUAGGCAUUUCUCAUGUUCCCCUUAGAGAAGAGCCUGGGUGGCCCACACUUCCAGUCUGGCUGGAGAGCCAUGGCUCGUCUCAUAUCUUGGUUGGUUUAACAGACUGGAGAGGCCUUGCAGCAUAAAUGCAGUUGUUUUUGAUGGGACAGGGCCCUGUAACUCAGUCCCUGGUGUAGAAGCAUCGAAUGACUGUGUCUGUGGGGCUGACAAGUAUUCACUCUGGGCUGACUAAUAGUGACUUUCAUUGGCUCUUGGCAAGAGUAGGACCUGAGACGGUGUUGAAGACUAAGGCUUGUGGCUGUUGUGCCAGCCGGGUACCUUGCAGAACCCUAUGGUUGAAAUGUUCUCCUGAGUGAAGGGCAACAAACAAUGACCACUUAGCCUGUCUGAGACGGGAGGACUACUCAGCCCCGUGGGCAGCUCCUGCCCAGUUAGAAUCCCUGCAGGCGUCAGAACUGCAGCGCUUUUGUAAUGGCUCCUUGUGGGUCUCAAGAUGCCAGCUACAUCCACCCUGCCCCAUCCUCGCUGGGGAAUGAGAGCCCACUGGGCUCCAGGACCCUCGGUAGCCAAGUUCUGUUCAGGCUGUGUGUUCCCAGCUCGAGUUGUUUUGAUGAGGUUUCUCGUUGGCUUGUUCAUACUAGACCUUUGAUUUUGUGCAAGGACCUUGGAGUGACUUAAACACAUCUUAAGUGUUUUUCAUUUGUCUGGAGGAAGAGCAAUGGAGGAAGAUAUCAAGGUGGACAUGGCCAUAGUGAGGUAGAAAUAGACUUGAGAUGUUACCCAGCCUGAUGUUGAGAGCUGCUUUCCAUUGCUGCCUGCCGGGAGCUCGAUGGGGACCAGGAGAGGCCACCUGGACUGAAGUCUAGAACACUCCUUUGUUUUUCCACUUCUGUCUCUAUGGAAGCAGGAGUUUGGCAUCCUAACCUGAUUUCAGUGUGUGAUCUGUGUUAAAUUACAAGUCAGAUUUGUGCUGAUUUGUGCUUUUUUUUAAAUUUUUUUUUUUUGUGGUCCUCGCACCCAAUAUGGGCAUAGACCCCAGGUUCACUGGAGCUCAUGUGUGCCCGGGGUGCCCCUUAAGAGGCAGCCCAGUCAGACUGGGCUAGCUAGCAACUGAAGCAGGGAGAGUGGUCCUCUGGGAUGAGGAAGGAGGGCACAGCAGGCAGUGAAGGUGGGAUGGCUCCUUUACACCCUGCCUUGGAGUCUAGUCUGGCCAUUCCUCCAAUCCUUGAGGGAGAAAGCGCAUCAGAUGUGCAUGGUCCCUCCCCUCAGAGGAAUGCUCUUCUCUAGUCCUCUGUCAGGGCAGUUGUAGGAGUCUUUGAGGUAAUCUUUGCAUGUUAGUCAGAGGGAGAAAAGGUGCCCUUUGGAGAGGAAAAUAGUAUGGCCCUCCUCUUCCAUCUAGCACGCUCUCCCCUUCCCCCAUCCCUUCAAAUGGUAUCACCCUAGAAAUACCUAUGCAAUUCAGUCUCCCUGGGAGGCUGUGCAUGGAGGCAGGGGUAUGUGCAGUGUAUCAUACUGAUGCUAAGGCAUAUCAAUUGUAUAUACAGACAUAUACAGUACGUAUACACGCAGAGUAAGAGUAAAUCACGUCUAUAUAUCUAUAAAUAUAUCCUAUAUAUUUAUACAUUUCUAUGUUUAAAAUAGAUAUAAAAGUAGUCUAUAGAGCUGGAAAGGUGGCGAGGAAGCCGAGUGCUGGUUGGGUAAGGAGGAGGAGACAGCUCUGGAAGGGAGGUGGGAGUGCUCAGCAGGCUGGAUGCUGGCCACUGUGGGGGCAUCUUCCUUGGGGUACUGGGGAGGACGGUGGCUGGGUCCCAGCUCUCUCCAUGCACUUUCUCUCCUUUCACCAGCUCAGGCUGAGGUUGGAAGGAGAUACCCCUGAGGGCAGGCUGCAGUGGCCCCUACCUCCCCCUACCACUGGCCUUCACUUAGCUGGUGACUGCUGCUUAGCAGUAGGGGCUCGAACUUGGUCCCUGACCUCUAGGGGAGGGGCCUCUGCACAAACUUCCCAGUGCCCUCCGCUAUCAGGAAUGAGCGGCGCUGCUGGCAAUAGAAAAGGAGUACAUCUGUUCACAGAUGUCCAGAAAGAUGUCAGCCCCUCUUCCGCCCCCUGGAGGUCAAGGCUCUGAAGUACAGCCGUCCUGGCCUCCUUCACCCAUUCACCCACUGUCUCCAGAGCUCCAGGAGUUGAGGAAGGCAGCGUGCGCUUCAGGUAGCGCUGCCUCUCCCAAUUCAGAAGCCCCGCCUGGUGGGAGAGAUAUAUCUGCACACUGACAUUUUCGAUGACAACUCAAGUUCAGGAUCUGGGCCUCGGCCCAGCCCACUCUGCGCAGCCACAGCUGCUGGCUGUACUCAGGACAAUGCUGUCCCCUCUUCCCAAACCAACCAAGCAGUCCACCCCACCUCUGCUGUGGCAGCAGGUUCAGGCUUAGUUCACAGACACUGUUCUCAUUCUCUCACUGGAUGCCCAAGCCCACUCUCUCUGGGGAGGGUAUUUUCUUCAGCUUGUCCCCAGGCAACCUCUCCAAGCUGGUUGGGGAUGCCUGGGACUCCAGGGAGUUCAGCAAGCUGGCAGGAUGGCAGAGGGUUUGUGCCGGCCAGAUGGGAGUCAGAAGCCUAUUGCUCCCAGCAUCCUCUGUUUCCUCUCUCUCCGGGAGCAGAAAGGAUCUGAUGACAGGUACCCUCCCUGCUCUCCAGACCAGCCUGCCUUUGGGCUCCACACACACACUCACUUCCCAUACCGAGCCUUUGCAGGUCUCCCCUGCUCUUCUUCACCACACUACCAACGGACCUCAGUCUCCAGCAGACCAGUCCUGUACCACAGUUGAGACCAGGUCUGCUCUGCCAAUGCCCACUUCCUUGAACCACAGCUAGCUGCCAACCGGCUGAACACCCUGUAGGGCCUGGCUCAGUGGAGUUCAGGACCAAUGGCCCUAGCCUUCCACACACUACAGUGGGUCAGAGCCUGGCCAGGGGAUAGGCAUUCCCAGUAGCAAUCCCACAAUGCACUGUACCUCAGAGAGAGAGAACGUGCCACAGGGCAUCGAGGGGACCAGCCUCCAUGCAGAGGGGGCAACCGCUCACAAUACUGUUCAUAAGAAGACAAAGGCCAGGCUGUCCCAGGGCAUCCCUCAGUGUACCCUUUGGCCUCUGGAAGAGCCAGCAGUCUUUUUCAGCCCUGGUCUCUCUCCUCCUCUCCAUCCCUAAGCUGCUGAACCGUUUUCAUGUCAAUCACAAAGAAAAAAAAAAGUGGGGGUGGGGGGAAUUCCUAGGAGCCUAUUACCACACACAUAUUAAUAUGUUAAUACUUUCUUUUUUAAAGACAACUCUCAAUGUUAUUAUUUGGCAGACUGUGCUUUAUAGUACCUGUGUGUCGGGGGCUAGAACACUGGAUACAAAUAGAGCUAUGCUGGUUUAUAAUCUGUAUGCAGAGUCUUUCCUUUUGUCACAUUAUCCUCAUAAUGUAAGAAGAUUAUUAAUAAAAGCAUUUAAAUUGAUGCACCAA